AUGAAGGAGAUUCUUAAAGGAUUUAGGAUAGAAGAAUACAAGAGUGUGAGUACUCUGAUGAAUCAAAAAGAAAAGCUAAAAAAGGAUGAUGGAGCUGAGCUAGUUGAUGAAGGAUCAUAUCAAAUCUUAAUUGGAUGUUUGAUGUAUCUUACGACAACAAGGCCUGACAUUUUGUUUCCUGAAAUAGUAGCACAGUCAACAGUUGAAGCAGAAUUCAUAGCAGCAACAGCUACUGUUAAUCAAGCAAUACGGCUCAGGAAAAUUUUGAUUGAUUUGCAGCUGGAGCAAGAAGAAAGCACUGCGAUGUUUGUGGAUAAUCAAGAUGUCGUAGCCAUAUCCAAAGACCCCAUGUUUCAUGGAAGGACCAAGAACUUCAACAUCAAGUUUUAUUUUUUGAGGGAAGUACAGAAGAACGAUGAAGUGGUUUCACUCUAUUGCAAAUCAGAUAAUCAAGUAGCGGACAUUUUUACCUAG